CAGAAUAGGAAGUAUGUGAGACCAUAAAAAUCAAGAGGGUAAAGUUUUAGGAUUUUGCUAGAGUGGUUGUGUAGUUUUAGGCGAAGAAGCCAGAUUGCUUGGUUUAGUGGUCACUGGAAAGUGAGGAAGGGGAGAUAGAUUGCUCUUAACAUAAGAAGGGAAAGUAAGAGAUUGGUUAACAGUUUGAGGGGGCCCUAGAGUCAAGGGAGGAUCCCUAUCCCUCUUGGAGAAAUUGGCAUGUUUGUAGGCUGAAGGGGAAAAUGGAUAUAAGGGCCCAGUGGGAGGUGUUGGCCUUUCAGUAGAAGGGGAGCGUGGGCAGAGGAGACUUAAGAUGGGUGCGGGUAGUUGCCUGAGGGCCUGUUUUUUGGGUAAUGAAUGAGUCAAGGUUAUUUCUUGAAAGAUGGGGGACCAAGAGAUUGAAUGGAGAAAUUGAGAAAAAUAGUAAAAUCUGAAAUAAUCAUUGAGAGCAAAGAGGGAGCUGAUGAGCUACAACAGUUGAGUAGAGAAGAACUCAGGUGUUAGAGCGAGGCUGAAAACCCAGCUGAGGGUGAAGAGCAUGUAUUUGUAAUUGUGCCAAGAUUCUGUGAUUUUCUUCAGUUGUGUUCAACUCACUGGCCUUAGGAGUUUUGAAGGAAGAUUGUGGCAUUGAUUCGGGACUAAUGUGUUGCUGGGCAGGAAAUAAAGUCUCUACUUUCACUUUUUGGAGGUCAGUUCACCAGUAGUCAGGAAACUUAUGGAAAGUCUCCUUUUUGGAUUCUUAGCAUUCCCUCUGAAGAUAUUGCCAGAAACUUAAUGAAACGAACAGUGUGUGCCAAGUCUAUAUUUGAACUAUGGGGUCAUGGAAAGUCUCCAGAGGAGCUGUAUAGUUCUUUGAAAAACUACCCUGUGGAGAAGAUGGUUCCAUUUCUGCAUUCAGAUUCUACAUAUAAAAUAAAGAUUCACACAUUUAAUAAAACGUUGACACAAGAAGAAAAAGUCAAACGGAUAGAUGCACUUGAAUUUCUGCCAUUUGAAGGAAAAGUUAAUUUAAAGAAGCCACAACAUAUAUUCUCUAUUUUAGAGGAUUAUGGUUUGGACCCAAACUACAUCCCUGAGAAUCCACAUAAUAUCUAUUUUGGUAGAUGGAUUGCAGAUGGGCAGAGAGAGCUUAUUGAGUCAUACAGUGUCAAAAAGAGACACUUUAUUGGAAAUACAAGCAUGGAUGCUGGUUUAUCAUUCAUCAUGGCCAACCAUGGAAAAGUGAAAGAAAAUGAUAUUGUAUUUGAUCCAUUUGUUGGAACAGGUGGCCUUCUGAUAGCAUCUGCUCAUUUUGGUGCAUAUGUAUAUGGGACAGACAUAGACUACAACACCGUUCAUGGCUUGGGAAAGGCUAGUAGGAAAAACCAGAAAUGGAGAGGACCAGAUGAAAACAUUAGGGCAAAUCUUCGUCAAUAUGGUUUAGAGAAGUAUUACCUUGAUGUCCUGGUUUCAGAUGCAUCUAAACCUUCUUGGAGGAAGGGCACAUACUUUGAUGCAGUCAUCACUGAUCCUCCAUAUGGUAUUAGAGAGUCUACAAGAAGAACAGGUUCACAGAAGGAAAUACCAAAGGGGAUAGAAAAAUGUCCAGAAACCCACGUUCCUGUUUCCUUGAGUUAUCAUCUGAGUGAUAUGUUUUUUGACCUGUUAAACUUUGCAGCUGAGACCCUCGUAUUAGGUGGAAGACUAGUCUAUUGGUUACCAGUGUACACACCAGAAUACACUGAAGAGAUGGUACCCUGGCACCCUUGCUUGAAACUCAUCAGCAACUGUGAGCAGAAGCUUUCCAGUCACACAUCCAGGCGCUUGGUAACGAUGGAAAAGGUGAAGGAAUUUGAGAACCGGGACCAGUAUUCACAUCUGCUGAGUGAUCACUUUCUGCCGUACCAAGGUCAUAAUUCCUUCCGUGAGAAAUAUUUCAGUGGGGUAACAAAAAGAAUUGCCAAGGAAGAAAAAUCUAGCCAGGAGUGAAAAUUAGGAUUUUGACAAUGGAGAAAGAAUAAGGAUUUGAUAGAAAAGACAUCUGGAUGUGAACUUUCAUGUAUGUUACAGAAAAUGUACUGUUUUAAAUAAUUUUAUAUAACAAAAUAAAUGCUAUAAAGUCAACUGAACAAUUCUUUUAACG